AGAGAAAAAAAAAACUAAAACAAGAGCAAGCGACCAUUACUCUUGCAGCUAUGCUGUUGAAGGGGUUCGGACUGUGUGCAUAUAAUUAGGGCCCACUUGUUACCAGAAUUAAUUGGUAUCAUGGAAGUAUAAGGACUUGAACGACUUCGCUUGUUCACUACUUCACGAUAUGUCUGCAGCGACGCUGAGCACCACUACAAGCAAGCUGAAUGUAUUGGUCAACAAACUGCACGAGUACUUGGCUCAUUCCACUGUUGAAGACAACAAUGGAGCACCAUCCUCAGAGGAAGCAGAUGGCCUGAUAAACAGGCGCUUUUCUGGGGCGAACUCGACAUGUCAAGCUGCGACAGUGACUCGAGGGCAUACCAAAUACUCAAGGAGAAAACCAUCUGUUGUCAUAAAGCACUCUGGACUGGAUGAAUCUGGGGACUCGAAUGCAAGUGAGGAUGUGGAUCUACCAGUCAGUGUAAAUGGUCGGCUCGACAUCACAAGAUUACCUAAAGGCACUGUUCUGGUCAGGCCUGAACCUGUUGAUAGUGGAAGAGAUGACUUUAGGGGUCCUGAGUUCCGCAGCCGGAAAUCCGGCGUAUUGCGUAAAGAGUUUUCCAGAAGACGUUCAGGAGUUGAACACAUGGAAAUUGUCAGUUGCACUGCAUGUGGCCGACAGGUUAACCAUUUCCAGAAAGACUCCUUCUUUCGACAUCCUGUUCUGAAAGUACUUAUUUGCAAGUCCUGCUACAAGUAUUACUCAAGUGACGACAUUAGUAAAGAUGGAGAUGGAAUGGAUGAGCAAUGCAGAUGGUGUGCUGAAGGAGGCAACCUGAUCUGUUGUGACUUCUGCAGUAAUGCCUUCUGCAAGAAGUGUAUUCUAAGAAAUCUGGGAAGAAAAGAGCUGUCUGGCAUCCUGGAAAGCAAAUGGUACUGCUACGUGUGCAGCCCAGAGACCCUUUUCGACCUGGUGGUGGCCUGUGACAAUGUGCUGGAGAACAUGGAGCAGUUGUGGUACCAGCAGCCCAGGAAGAACCGAGUGGAGCCGGAGAAGUCCGAACUUUACAAUAUGUUGCCACACUCGCCACAAAACAUUCCUCUGGAUAAGUGGGAUCACACUGGAAUGGAUGGUAAUGUGGUUUUCAACUACAACACGCUGCAGAUUUCAAAGGAUGUUACCAAAAAGGCCAAGCAUUUAGUGGACUCGACAAACAUCCUAAACCGGACAUUUGUCAACUUCAUUCAUACUGUGACGGCAGACCAACAAGCACCCACUCUUCGCAAUCUGUACCUGAACUCUUUCAUGACGGUAGUUAAAGGCCUGCGAAAAUCCCUCACAGCACUGGAGGACAGCCUGAAGGAAGAAUUCAGUGACUUGGAUGUCAUGAGUUGUUGGGAAAAGUUCUUUAGCGAUGACUUUGAUGCACAACCUGUGACAAAUGCAGACACAGGGCCAGAGAGCCCUGAUAAAAGAUGCUUGAGUGACUUGCAGAAAUUAGCAGCGGAACAUUUGGAAGAUUAUGACUCCGGUGACUCCAAAGGUUUAAAGCAUCAGGCACAUGCCCGUCCCGGGAAAGACAUGGAUACAGAGUUGCAUGUAGUGAGACCGAGUGCACAAAAGAUUGGCUUGCAGCCUUCUAAAAGCGGGGUCAACAUGACCAAAAAACUAGUAGUGAAACUUACCCCUGUACCAAUGGUGCAUGGUCCAUCCUCCAAUGCCCCAGAGAAGGACAUCCACACGAACGAUAAGAUGUCAGAUGGAAAGGAUGCAUCGGAUGCCCAACAGCCGGGCCUUGUGGGUGCCACAGCUGACAGUAAGGCGACAAAUGACGCCGCCGAUGCACUGCAACAACACCCAGAAAAGGAACAUGGCAAUAGACGCAGUCCGCGCGUGAAGACAACACCUCUGCGGCGGCCGAGCGACGUCCUGGCCAAGACGGCCUCUUCAGCGGCAGACAGCGACUCCGACCGCGAGGAAACCGGCUCUGCAGCAACCAACAAUGCAGAGGAUCAAAGCGGGAACAGAACAAGAGACGACUCUGACUCUGAUGAAGUCCCUGCAGCUCUGCUUGAGCGAGCGGCAGUAACGCUAAGCUCCGAUGAACCCCAGAGCGACGAGAACGAGGGAAAAACCUCAACUAAGGUGGCCAAGAAGUGUCUGUUUUGGCUCACAAAGAACACCCCGAUUUCACCGGAGAACAUGCGGCGCAAGCGCAAAAUGUUGGACCGCUCCCCCGAGUCCGACUCAAGUAGCAGACGGGUAAAACCCCGACGGGGCAGCGGGACGGAUUCCUCUAGUGACGAUCAGGACUCGCAGAAGAAAGUACAGCACCUGAAUACACUGAGGCCAAUAGGGAAGCCUCACCUCGUCAAACGAGAGGAAGAAGCUGUGGCGAGAAAGCAGGGUAGGAUGCAGGCCGGGAAGUCUAAGGCUAAAACUCAUCGGAAAGAUUUGGAGUCAUCCUCAUCAUCCUCAUCAAGCGAGGAGGAUGAUGAUGACGACGAGGAGGAGGAUGACGACUCUGGAAGUGAAGCAAGUGAUCAGAAGAUGAAGCCAAUCACUGAAGAUGUGGCCUUACUGGGAGGAGCACGAUUCCACCAAUCAUCGGGAGAUGAGGAGCAGUCUGGGCCCUCGUGGGCAGCCGCCGCCGCCGCAGCAGCAGCAGAAGAUGAUGAUGAUGAUGAUCCAGAAAAUAGAAUCGCUAAGAAAAUGCUAUUGGCCCAAAUCAAAGCCAACUACUCCUCGGGCGACGACGUCUCUUCGGAAGAGGAGACGCAGGGUGACGACUCGGAGGAUGAGAAGGUCAUGCAGAGAAAUGAUACGGAAACAGAGGAAAAUGGGGAAGAAUUUACUUCAGACUCGUCUGACUAUUCGUCUAAAGAGGCCAACUCCAGGCACCGUCUGCUCCGCCACAAGCUGACCUUGGAUGAGGCGGCUCAGAGCGACGAGGCUUUGGCACACCCUGUUGUAGCGAAGCGGAAGGACAAGCAAAGACCCAGCAGCAGCCCCCUCAGCUCUGAUAGUGAAAGUGAGGAGGAAGGGAAGGAGUCUGAGCCGGAGGACGUCGGGAUGAGCGAGGAGCUGAGUCAGUCGGAGGAUGAGGCCGAAGGAGAGGGAGCUGAAAGAUCAUCAAGACAAGUGAAAGAGUCCCCCCGUGGUAACGAGCCAAAGAAACAAGUGCCCUGCAUUUUGUUGUCUGACUCCAACAGUGAAAAGAGUGAUGAAGAGAACAAAGAGGAGAACAGCGACAGUAAAUGCACCCCCAAAGGACGCAAGAAGAUCCGUGAAAUCAUCGGCAUUGAGAAUCUCUGUGCGGAGACCCAGGAAGCCCUUAGAGAGGAGCAGGAGAGAGUCAGACGUCUGGCCAGCAGAGAACAGCAGAUGGAGGACAGGAGAGAGAUUAUUGUUAUAGAGGACGAGCUGUCUCAAGUGGUGUGCCCCAUCACCACCAAGCUGGUCCUGGAUCAGGAUGAGGAGACCAAGAAGCCUCUUCUUCAGGUGCACAGGAACUUGGUGACGAAACUGAAGCCCCACCAGGUGGACGGUGUCCAGUUUAUUUGGGACAGUUGUUGUGAGUCGGUGAAGAAGGCCAACUCUUCUCCUGGGACGGGCUGUAUUUUGGCACACUGCAUGGGCCUGGGCAAGACUCUGCAGGUGGUAACGUUCCUCCACACGGUGCUGCUGUCAGAGAACCUAAAAUUCAGAACGGCCCUGGUCGUAUGUCCGCUGAACACCAUCCUCAACUGGGUCAGCGAAUUUAAGAAAUGGCAAAGCAGCAUGCAUCAGGAUCAAGUUGAAGUCACAGAGCUGGCCACAAUAAAGCCUCUUCUAGAACGAUUCAGGGCCCUGCAGCGGUGGCAUAAAGACGGAGGGGUUAUGAUAAUGGGCUAUGAGAUGUACCGCAUCCUGUCACAAGCCAAGAAAAUCCAGGAUGAGAAGUUGGUAAAAGAGUUGAAGCGCAUUCUGGUGGAUCCAGGUCCAGACUUUGUUGUUUGUGACGAGGGACACAUCCUGCGCAACGAAGGAUCCAACAUCUCCAAAGCUAUGAACGGCAUCAAGACCCAGCGGAGAGUGGUGCUAACUGGCACCCCGCUACAAAACAACCUGAAUGAGUACCACUGCAUGGUCAACUUCAUCAAGAGGAAUCUGCUGGGCUCACUCUGCGAAUUCCGAAACCGCUUCAUUAACCCCAUCCAGAACGGUCAGUGUGCCGACUCCACCGCAAAGGACGUACGGAUCAUGAAGAAGCGAGCGCAUGUGCUUCAUGCCAUGUUGGGCGGGUGUGUGCAGAGAAGAGAUUACUCUGAGUUGACGCAGUUUCUGCCUCCCAAACACGAGUAUGUGCUGGCAGUGAGAAUCUCCCCGAUUCAGUACAAGUUGUACCGCUUCUACCUCGACCACAUCACCGGUAUGGGCUCCAUGACUAACUCAGCUAAAGCAAGAGCUGGAGCAAACCUGUUCAAGGACUUCCAGGCUCUCAGCCGAAUUUGGACUCAUCCCUGGUGCCUUCAGCUCAGCUACAGCAGCAAAGAAAAAAAGAGCCAUUAUGAAAAGAAGAACAAAACGAAAGCUGCAGCUCUGCAGAGGAAUGAAACCCCUGUGGCUGCAAGUGGACUGAGAGCGGACGAGGCUAAAGGAGGGAAUAACAAUGACGGCAGUGCAGCGGUUAUUGCUGGCGUGUCCACAGGAGCUGCAGCAGUGGAAGUUCCUGUCCUCUGUGUCUUAGGAGAGAGAGCAUCCAUGAGCUCCACGUCUCAGGGUCUGGGCGAGCGCUGGUUCAAGGAUCUGGUGUCUGAAGAAGACGCCAAAAUCAUGGAGCACUCGGGGAAGAUGAUGCUCUUGUUUGAGAUUCUCCGAAUGGCUGAAGACUUGGACGAUAAAGUGCUUGUGUUCAGCCAGUCAUUGAUCUCAUUAGACCUGAUUGAGGAUUUUCUCAAGGCUUCUCACAAUGCAAGAGACCCAUCAUCAUUCAAAGCGGGCAGCUGGAUUAAAAACGUUGACUACUAUCGUCUCGAUGGCUCCACCAAUGCCAUGUUAAGGAAGAAAUGGGCCGACCAGUUCAAUAACGUCACCAAUGUUCGCGGCCGACUAUUUCUCAUCUCGACGAGAGCCGGCUCCCUCGGCAUCAACCUCGUUGCGGCCAACAGGGUGAUCAUCUUCGAUGCCUCGUGGAACCCCUCGUACGACAUCCAGAGCAUUUACAGAGUGUACCGCUUCGGCCAGCUGAAACCUGUGUUCGUUUACCGCUUCUUGGCUCAGGGCACCAUGGAGGAGAAGAUCUAUGAUCGCCAGGUGACCAAGCAGUCUUUGUCCUAUCGAGUGGUGGAUCAGCAGCAGAUUGAGAGGCACUUCACUCUUUUUGAACUGACUGAACUCUACUUAUUUGAGCCGGACCUGCUGGACGACCCAAUCUCUAAGAAAAGCAAGAGAACCACCUCCGUUUUACCAAAGGAUAAGAUCUUGGCACAGCUGUUACAGACUUGUAAAGACCAGAUAGUGUCUUUUCAUGAGCAUGAAUCUCUGUUGGACCAUAAACAAGAGGAAGAGCUUAGUGAGGCAGAACGCAAAGAUGCAUGGGACGAGUAUGAGGCCGAGUCUUCCAAACCUCCACUGAGCUUGAACCAGAAUCCCUUGGACACGAAGACCAAUGAGGAGCUAGUGGAAAUGCUGAACCGGAGCAGAGCAGAUGUGUCGCUGGCUUUCCUGUCGAUGCAGAAGACCAUGUCGCACACUAUCGACGACUACAUAUUACGAGUGCGGCAACAGUAUCCUGUGCUGCCUGAGGCGGAGGUUGUGGCCAAAGCCAUGGCCUGGAAGGUGUAUGAUGAGAAGGAACAGGAGCGAAGACAGGCCUUUUAUCAAGACAUUUUCACACAGCAGCAACGGCUCAUGAGCAGCAUUCAGGUAAUACUCAACAGUCGCAGGAUGCAAGCGGUGCUCUUGAGCACCGCAAUCCACCCUGGACCACCUCGACCAAGAGACGCGCUCCACCCCGGACCACCUUGAACAAGAGAAUAAAUCAAGUAAAUCGCAACGCUGCAUCAGCAUCAUUUCAUGAACGAAGAGUUAGCUGCUUUGUACCAAAAAUUAUUUCUAUUCCUUUUAUGUGUCCGUGACCAAGUCUUGCAAUUAUAAAAUAAAUGAACAAAAACA